AUGCUGGACACACCCAGUGGGCCUGCCCGGUGCCUGCUGAUGGCAGGUGCCCGGGGGCGGGGCGGGAGGCGGCGCCUCGCUUCCGGUUCCGGUCGGCUCCCGGAGAGCGGGAGGGCGCUGCGGGCUGGCCGGGCGCGCGCCGUGGCCGCAGGUCUCGGGUCGGGGGGCCGCGUCGUGCCCUCCUGGCUCCUGGGGCGCGCGGGGCCCGGCCCCCCCCCACCCACCGCUGUGCCCACAGUCUCGCUCUCGGAGCCCCGCUCGCUCCUGGCCAAGGGCCGGGCCCGGCUUGUCGACGUGAGGUCUCGGGAGGCGGCCGCGGGAACCGUCCCGGGGCGCUCCACUCCCAGGUACGGGACUUGCAAGGGCGCCUGCGGGUUGUGGACCCGGGGGUCUCGGCUAAGGCGCGGGAGGCCCAGUGCGGGGUCCUGGUGGGGUCCCCGGGGCGGGGCCCGGCCCUGCCCGCCCUCAGUCCUGAGUUCCGGUGGGAAGAGCUGCGGGCGGACCUGGGCUUCUGGGCUCUCCUCCGCGGAGGAGCCGAGGCUGGGAGAUGCGAGCCGCACUUUCUUCUGUCACCUGGGCAAGCGGGGCUGGCAGGCCACAGAGGGCGGGCUCUCAAGUGAGUGCUGCCAGGGGUGCACGGAGGAGCAGGAUUUGGGUGGUAUCACUGCUCUCCCCGUCCUCGGCCCCACCUCUCGCCUAGAGUAG